GGCGCGGGGCCGGCGAGCUCUGGCGUCAGAGAUUCGGAGACCCACCCGCCCCCGCGAUGUUUUCCGAGUUCGCUGGCCUUUGCAGGACUCGCAGCUGUCCACAGGGGUGCAGAGGCGCAGGAGCGCGUCCAAAGUCGCAGACUGGCUGGGCUGGCUGGGGGCAUCGGCCAGGGGCGGGGACUGGAGGGGGGCCCGCCCAAUGCGGUUCUGGUCCCGGGCGUCGGAGCUCCUCUGCAGCAUAGCGCCUGCCGCAUGGAGGCUCCCUUGGAGUCUGGGCCCGGGCCCGAAGGCACCCCGGCCACCUCCGAGCGGCGGGGGCUGCGCUGCCCCCUGCUGCCUGAUUUCCGAGAGGAGCUGCGGGCUCUCCUGGUCCUGGCUGGUCCCGCGUUCCUGGCCCAGCUGAUGAUAUUCCUGAUCAGUUUCAUCAGCUCUGUGUUCUGUGGCCACCUGGGCAAGCUGGAACUGGACGCUGUCACACUCGCAAUUGCAAUUAUCAAUGUCACUGGCAUUUCUGUGGGACAUGGCUUGUCUUCUGCUUGUGACACCCUCAUCUCCCAGACUUACGGGAGCCAGAACCUGAAGCACGUGGGGGUGAUCCUGCAGAGGGGCACACUCAUUCUGCUGCUCUGCUGCUUUCCUUGCUGGGCGCUCUUCCUCAACACCCAGCACAUCUUGCUGCUCUUCAGGCAGGAUCCAGACGUGUCCAGGCUUACCCAGACCUAUGUCAUGAUCUUCAUUCCAGCUCUUCCUGCAGCCUUUCUUUAUACAUUACAAGUUAAAUACCUCCUCAACCAGGGAAUUGUUCUGCCCCAGAUUGUGACUGGAGUUGCAGCCAACCUUGUCAAUGCCUUUGCCAACUAUAUAUUUCUCUAUCAGCUGCACCUUGGAGUGACGGGUUCUGCACUGGCCAAUACCAUUUCCCAGUUCACCCUAGCUCUUCUCCUCUUUCUCUACAUCUUUGGGAGAAAAUUGCAUGAAGCUACGUGGGGAGGCUGGUCGCUUGAGUGCCUGCAGGACUGGGCCUCUUUCCUUCACCUGGCCAUCCCCAGCAUGUUCAUGCUGUGCAUCGAGUGGUGGGCCUACGAGAUCGGGAGCUUCCUGAGUGGUAUCCUUGGCAUGGUGGAACUGGGAGCCCAGUCCAUUGUAUACGAGCUGGCUGUCAUUGUGUACAUGGUCCCUACAGGCUUCAGUGUGGCAGCCAGCGUCCGGGUAGGAAAUGCGUUGGGUGCUGGAAACAUUGAACAGGCAAAGAAGUCCUCAGUCGUCUCCCUGUUGGUCACAGAGCUCUUCGCGGUAACCUUUUGUGUCCUGCUGUUAAGCUGUAAGGACCUUUUGGGGUACAUUUUCACUACUGACAGAGACAUCAUUGCUCUGGUGGCUCAGGUGGUCCCAAUUUAUGCUGUGACCCACCUCUUUGAAGGUCUUGCUUGUACAAGUGGUGGCAUCCUGAGGGGAACUGGAAACCAGAAGGUUGGAGCCAUUGUUAAUACCAUUGGGUAUUAUGUGAUUGGUCUUCCCAUUGGGAUUGCGCUGAUGUUUGCAGCUGAGCUUGGAGUUAUUGGUCUGUGGUCAGGGAUCAUCAUCUGUGCUGUCUCUCAAGCUGUGUGUUUUCUGGUCUUCAUUGCUCAGCUUAACUGGAAACAAGCCUGCCAGCAGGCUCAAGUACAUGCCAACUUGAAGGUAAAUGUGGCCCUGAGUGGGAAUUCUACUGCCUCUCAGGAUCCAGUUUUCUCAGUGAGUCCUGAAAACCAUGAAGAGAUUUUAAUGAGAGAUAUUGAAAAAAAAGAGGAGACUCACUCGGAACAACAGAUACACCAAGAACAACCUUUGCCUGCCCAUACAAAAGACAAUGGCAAAUUGUCUGGAAAACAGUUGGUGCUACGGCGAGGGCUCCUGCUCCUUGGGGUCCUUUUAGUCUUGCUCAUAGGGAUUUUAGUGAGAAUAUAUGUCAGAAUUCAGUGAUGUGUGUGAGAAAUGCAUUCACUUGUCCAGACCCAAAGAAUGGACUUUUAGGGACAAUUCCUCAUUCUUGAAAGAAUAGGGUGCCAAUUUCAGUGAGCAAUUUAACUCCUCCCCCUCCUUAUAUGAAGUUCCCUCUUCCUUCCCUCAUUGGAAGAGUACUUGGAGGUUCAAGUCUGUUCCAUCAGAAGGCAUGCCUAACUUCUUUACCCUGCUCCCUCUGUAAGCAAUUUGUGGUUUCUAAAAGCAAAUGAUUAAACUACAGGGGAUUACUUCCUAACUGCUAGUGCUUUUCCAGAGUUAGCAUAGAAUUCCCUUCUUAAUUGACUCUCCCCUUUUGCAUUUGUUCUGAAACCCUUUCAUGACUACAACAGACCAUUUUAAAUGUUUAUUUGUAGGUCAAGUGAUACAGAUAGGGUUGCCUCCUGAGAGGCCCAUCAGAAGGUGAAAAUAUCCUAAGGCUGGAGGUGUAGUUGAGCUGGAGGCCUUGGGUUCAAUCCCCAGUAGCACCACCAAAAAAACAAAAGGAAAUACUGACAAUGCAUUUAAUGUACCUUACCUAUGAAACACCCUAGCUUAGCUGCAGCUGCACCACAGAGAAUCUGCUGCUGUUGUGACUGAUGAGCUGACUUGGAGCCGUGGCUUUUUGUCUAGCAUCCUGAGAGACGCUACCCUGGGAAAUGCUUCAAAUUCAAAGUACAGUUUCUACUGACUAUGUUGAGCAAUUGAAAUUCAGACCAUCUUAAAUUGGGGGGCACAUGUAUUUUUGAGCUCAGAGAUAAAUAAUUUGUAGGCCCAGCAAUGGAAAUUCAUUUUCAGCUAAUGUAAUUCAGCUGCACCUGUGGACUUUUAAGAACUGAAAAUACAAAUAUUUUUCUAAUGAAGAAAAGGAACGAAGAUAAACAUUAUAUUUUGGCCCAAGACAAUGUGUGAAAGGUGAUGCUGGAGUAAUAAUUCAUCCACCAUGGUCUCAACCAAUGAUUAUUGUGUAUUGACUGCAUUUAUCUAUGGCUUUCAUAUUUCUUAUGCUUACUGUUUUCGAAGACACAAAUUCAUAAAGUGCUUAAAGAUUC